GAGACAGAGGCCAAUGUCAAGACCUCCAGCAGCAAGAGGAAGUUCUCCUGGAUCAGCUGCUGGACUGCUCCAGUCUGGACCAGAAGGAACCAGAACCUCCACAGAUGAAGGAGGAAGAGGAGGAUCUCAGCAUCAGUCAGGUUAAGGAGCAGCUUGAACCGAAACAGGAGACCAGAACCUUCCCUGUGACUCUUGUUGAUGAAGACCAGCAGGAACUAGAACCCAGCUCGGACCUCUCUCCCAUCUCUGAGAGUCUGAGUGGUCCCGGCUCAGUUCAGAGGCUUUCACAGUGUGAGUUCUGUGACAAAACCUUUAAGUUUAAAUCGCAGCUGAAGGAACACUACAGCGUCCACACUAGUGAGAAACCCUUUGUUUGUCAGACCUGUGGGAAAAGUUUCCGGAUGAUUUAUUACUUAAAGACCCACAUGAGAACCCACACGGGGGAGACGCCAUUUUGUUGUAAAACAUGCGGGAAAGGUUUCACUCAAAGUGGGAACUUGACAUCUCACAUGAGGGUUCACACCGGUGAGAGACCCUACCUGUGUGAGACCUGUGGGAAAGGUUUUGGUAACAGCAGAGGUUUGUUUCACCACAUGAAAAUUCACGCCGGUAAGAAACCAUUUUCUUGUGAAACAUGUGGGAAAGAUUUCGUUCAAAAAGGGAACUUGACCGCUCACAUGAGGACUUGCCUCGGUGAGCGUCUGUAUCCAUGUGAACCAUGUGGGAAAGAUUUUACUGACAGGAGAGUCUGGUUGGACCACAUGAGAGUUCACGCCAGUGAGAAACCAUUUUCCUGCACACUGUGUGGGCAGCGCUUCAGUCACAGCUGCUCUUUGACUGUUCACACGAGAACGCACACGGGCAAGAAGCCCUUUUCAUGUCGAACAUGUGGGAAAAGUUUCACACAAAGCGGGAACCUGAAUGUGCACAUGAGGACUCACAGCAGCGAGAGACCGUUUCCCUGUGAAAUGUGUGGGAAAGUUUCAAAUCCAGACAAUAUUUAACGACGCACAUGAGAAUUCACACAGAGGAGAAACCAUAAAGCUGUCCAGGAAACAACUCCAGAUUAAAAAUCAUAGAUAAUGUAGAAAUACACAAGAGUAGAAGUAUUGUUGGACUGAAAUAAAAACUUUUCUGUGUAACUUGUUCUAAUAAACCUGAUGAAGCUGCAGACGUGUUUGAAGUCAUUUAAUGUAUAAAAAGCUUUAAAACAAAGUGUUGUCAUGGUAACGGGUCAGAAACAUGUCAGAGGCUGAGCGAUCAGCAGAGGGAUGAAUAGGAUCAGUGUUUGGUGAUUUAUGGAGCUGCAGCUGUCGCUGGG